AUGGAGAAAUCGGUGUUAACCAUCUCGUCCCAUGUGAUACACGGAUAUGUAGGAAACAAAGCUAUAGUGUUCCCGUUGCAGAUAAAAGGAUGGGAAGUGGACAAUUUGAACACAGUUAAUUAUUCCAAUCAUACUGGAUAUGGAAUUUUCAAAGGAUCAGUCAUAUCUAACGAGCUUCUCAAAAAGUUACUCGAUUCACCACCUUCAUCCUUUUUGAUUACAGGUUACUUGCCUAACAGUUCGGUGGUAGAUCAAUUAAAAGAUUAUUUACUCAACAAUCACAGAGUAUAUCUUCUUGACCCAAUAUUAGGCGAUGAGGGCCAGCUUUAUGUAGAUCCAAGUUGUGUUGAUCUGUAUAGGGAACUACUUAAUGAAGUCAAGGUCGACAUUAUUACUCCUAACCACUUCGAAUUGGAAUUGUUGACCGACAGUAAGAUACAAGACCACGAUCAAUUGAUACUAGCUAUUGAAAACUUGAAACGAAAAAUCAAGUUUGUCGUUAUCACUAGCUAUCAGGUGGGAGAAUUCAUUUACUGUCUAGUCGCCGCCCAAGGAAACGAGAGUAUUAAGGGAUUUAAAAUCCCAAUAAUAGAUGGGUAUUUCACAGGUGUGGGGGACUUGUUCACAGCAUUAUUAAUAGACAAAUUGUAUGAUCUGUAUUACACAGACCUUGAAAACAAAGACGCCUUAGAGAGUCUUUGUAAAGCAGUGAACCAGGUUCUUUCUAUAAUGGAAAAGGUCCUUCAUCAUACUUUCAAUACGGGACUUUCAAAAAAUAACGGCAAACACCCGAACAUGGGAACUCUAGAGAUAGGAAAAUUUGAAUUGAAUUUGAUAGAGGCAGUUCCUUUGUUUGAGAGUACCGAAGAGAACUUCGAGGUUUUCGAUUUUCAUGAGCUUAAGUUAGAUUAA